UCACGUUCGCCGUAUAAAAUUUAAUGCUUGAACGACUGCACACACCCUCAGCGGAAAAGCGAAAUUGCCAAACACUUAAAGAUAGUGGAGUUACAAGACGAAAGCGAGGCAAAUGCCACACAAAGAUCUUAAAACGACAUAGCAUCCAGCCGUGACGUCACGAUUAGGAAGCAUUCUCCUUCGUCGAACGCAAUAAGGUUACAUCACAUCACAGAUAUAAGUUACACUAAAAAAAACUGAUAUUUUUUUACGGGACUUGUUUUACCGGCGCUUUGAAUCUUAAAAGGUAGCAAGUAUCUUAGACUUUACCUGCUACAAGUUUAUUUCUGAUGGCAAAGCUAAGGUUCCCAGAAGAUUAUCAUGACUAUUUUGAUCCAAAGAUCUACCUAGAGUACUUUAAAGAGUAUAAACGUUGCGAAAAUGACGAGUGGUCUAUGCUCUUGUUUGUCGAUACAUUUCACGAAUUUUGGCGGAAUUACAAAAGACCAAACGACUCAGUCGAACUUAGAUAUCUCGAGUAUGGUGGCGGUCCUUCGAUAGCUCAUCUCAUCGUCGCUUGUCCAUAUGUGGAUCGCAUCGUGUUCUCCGAGUACACAGAGCCUAACAGACAAGCUGUGAGAUCGUGGAUUGCUGGCGAGCCGGACGCUCAUGACUGGACACCAUUGAUUGAAAUCGUAGUGCAAGAGCUUGAACAGGCAGACGAGAGUUUGAAGGAAAGUUUUGUUGCGUUGACGGAUGAAGAAAAGAUCGAAGCCGUUCAUAAACGUACCAAAGAGCUGAAGCGAAAAAUUAAAAGCAUCGUGGCCUGUGAUGUGACAAAAACACCGAUAGUUGAACUAGAAGAUGAAGAUGUCGCUGAAGGAUUUGAUGUUGUAUCAACAAGCUUGUGCCUGGAAUCCUGCGUGUCUUCUGAAGAGCAUUACAAAAGCUCUGUGGGGGAACUCGCAAAAAUAUUAAAACCAAAUGGUGUUCUUUAUAUGGGCGGGGUUCUGGAAGGAUCGUUCUAUUUUGUAGGUGAAGAAAUGUUUAAUAACUUUCCAAUGAAUGAGAAAAUGGUGAAAGAAGCAAUGGAGGAGGCAGGACUGGCCAUUGAAAAAUUUAUAAUAUUUCCUCAGAAGGACACAGAAGUUUGCGAUGCUAAAUUCAUAUUUUUUACAUAUGGAAGAAAAAUUAUGUAAAAACACUGAAUAGAUUUUGCAACAAAACAGUUUGUUGCCAUUAAAACUUAGAACUGAAACAAGUUUUCCUAAGUUUAGAAUGGAUGUUAAGAAAUUCCUUAAAGCAAGAUAGCUAGAUAAAGUAUUUUCAUACAUUGAUACAUUGGAUAUAUUACUGUAGUAUAGCAUGUUAACUUUUGUAAUUUUGUAUACAUUUUUGUCAUUUUUGUAUUUGUAAUUUUGUACCAGGGCUCCACUGAAACCAGUUAUUGCUGAGUUGGACAUCCCUGAUUAAAUAUUGUUUUUCAUUCAUUCAGUUUUUUAAAGUGCAAUGUAUAAAAUUUGAAACAUCAUCAAGCAUUUCAAUCAACAGUGCAAACAGGUAUUAAAGAGACAGAUCUAUAUUGCUUUCUUCUAGCUGAAGGAUUAGCAUUA